AGAAAUGGAUAUCAAAAGACGUCAGCAAAUUCUAAUUCAAAAUAUAUGAAAAAUUAAAUGUGUUUUGUAUUUAAAAUGUUGAAAAUAUCCUUAUUUUCACUGAAAUCAUGUGAAGUGCAUUCGUAGGAAAUCUUCAUUAGGUCUAUUUUCUUAAAGAUCAUCUUAUUUUAUUUCGUUAUCUUCUUUAUAUUAAAAGAAAUUCUCAUUAUCAUUGGAAGGUAGGCAAAAGAAGGAACAUCUUCGUUGUAAAAGUGGAUAGGAUUCAUGUUGCAUAAAUUUUUUCUUCUGAGUUGAAUACACUACCCAGUGUUUCACGACACUUGAAGUUAACCUAUGAUAAUAACCACAGAAAGAUUGUCUAACAUCUUAAAAUUAGCUUCUACUCCUUCUGAGAAAGAUUGAAGAAAUGAAUUGCUAAAAGACUGCAAUAACAUUGAAUGUUAUUUUAAUAUGUUUCUAUGUUGUUCAUUCAUUCCAUUUUAAUUCUUAGACGUUUUGAUUAUAACUUUACAUAUCUUGCUUAAAUACUGCUAGCUACUGUACUUCUUUUGAAAUAUUUUAAUAUUGUGUGUAGUAAUAUUCGCUUUCAUCUGUUCCUCAGGAAAACAUUACUCUGGUAAAUAUAUUAAUUAAAAUUUUUUUAAAACUCUAUUUUAACUUGAGAUAAGACAGUUCACUCUUAUCAAUCCUUACAUAGUUCAUGCAGAAAUCACGAGUACAACGUAAAUUCACUUAAGUUAAUAAAGGUUUGCAGUCAGUAUGAGUUUAGAAGACGGCAAAUUACUUGAUGUUCAUGCUGAUGAGAAGCCUUAUUUUUGUAGUGUAUGUAAUAAAAGUUUUUUAUUUGAAAGUCUUCUGACUGAGCAUAGUUGCAUUCAUACUGGUGAAAAACCUUAUUCUUGUAAUGUGUGUAAUAAGAGUUUUUCAAGGAACUCAACUCUAACUUAUCACAGUUGCAUUUAUACUGGUGAAAAGCCUUAUUUUUGUGACAUAUGUAGUAAAAAAUUCACAACAAGUCGUCAACUAUCGCUUCACAGUCGUGUUCAUGCUGAGGAGAAGCCUUAUUCUUGUAGUGUAUGUAAUAAAAGUUUUUUAUUCUGGAGUCUUUUGACUGAGCAUAGUCGCAUUCAUACUGGUGAGAAACCUUAUUCUUGUAGUGUAUGUAAUAAAAGUUUUUCAUUUAGGAGUAAUCUGAAUGAGCAUAGACACGUUCAUACCGGAGAGAAACCUUAUUCUUGUAGUGUAUGCAAUAAAAGAUUUUCACUGAAGAAAAUUCUAACUAGACAUAGUCAGACUCAUUCUGACGAAAAACCUUAUUCUUGUAGUGUAUGCAAUAAGAAAUUUUCAGGGAAAAGUAAUUUGACUCAGCAUAGCCGCGUUCAUAGUGGUAAAAAACGUUAUCCUUGUAGUUUUUGCAAUAGGAAAUUUUCAAGUAGAAGUUAUCUCACUGAACAUAGUCGCAUUCAUACUGGUGAGAAACCUUAUUCUUGUAGUGUAUGUAAUAAAAGUUUUUCUCAUAAGCAAUAUCUAACUGUACACAAUCGCACUCAUAUUGGGGAAAAACCUUAUAAGAGUCAUCUGACUGAGCAUAGUCUCUUUCAUAUGGUUGAGAAGCCUUAUUCUUGUAGUCUAUGCGAUAAAAGUUUUUCAUCUAAGAGUAAUCUGACUAAACAUGUUCGCAUUCAUACUGGUGAGAAACCCUAUUCUUGCAAUAUAUGCAAUAAAAGUUUUUCAGUUAGGUAUAAACUAACUUUGCAUACUCGCAUUCAUACUAAGGUGAAACCUUAUUCUUGUGACCUGUGUAAUAAAAGUUUUUCAAUAAUGAGUGAACUGUCCAAACACACUUCUGUUCAUAAUAAAGAGAAACCUCAUUCGUGUAGUGUAUGUCAUAAAAGUUUUUUAUAUAGGAGUAGACUGACUGUCCAUAGUCGUGUUCAUAGUGGUGAGAAACCUUAUUCGUGUAUUAUAUGUAAUAAAACUUUUUCAAAUAAACAACCUCUAACUAGGCACAUGCGCACUCAUACCGGAGAGAAACCUUAUUCGUGUAGUGUUUGUAAUAAGGCAUUUUCACAGAAGGAACAUCUAACUAGACACAACAAUAUCACUCAUGCUUGAGAGAUACCAUAUUUUUGUAGUGUGUAUAAUACAGUAGGGAACUGAUUAUCCGGAACGAUCGGGACCAUCUAUAUUCCGGAUAACUGAUUUUUCCGGUUUUCCGAAUCGCUACAAAAAGCCGUUUUUUUUAUAG